AAUAUUUCCUUGUUCCCUUCGCUCUCUCUCAUGAGUCAAAAUCGAGGCAGCUGAGAUCGAAGAGAGAGAGAGAGAGAGAUGCACUGGGUUAAAGCUGAUCGCUCCGAUUUCAGUGGAAAUCUCCCGCUCCCUCGAAGUGGGCACACGGCGGUGCUCGUCGGCAAGUCGAAAGUCGUCGUCUUUGGUGGAUUCGCCGAGAAGCGAUUUCUUGAUGAUAUCGCCGUUUAUGAUAUUGAGAAUAAAUUUUGGUUCACUCCGGACUUUGCUGGCAAUGGGUCUGAUACGCAAGUGGGUCCAUCUCCACGGGCAUUCCAUGUAGCUGUUGCUAUUGACUGCCAUAUGUUUAUUUUUGGUGGACGUGUUGGUAAUAAGAGGUUGGGUGAUUUUUGGAUGCUCGAUACUGAUAUUUGGCAGUGGUCGGAGCUAACCACCUAUGGUGAUUUGCCAACACCACGGGAAUUUGCUGCUGCUUCAGCAAUUGAAAACCGAAAAAUCAUUAUGUAUGGUGGUUGGGAUGGCAAAAAGUGGUUAUCUGAUGUGUAUGUCUUGGACACAAUGUCACUUGAGUGGAUGGAGUUGUCUAUUACUGGAUCGGCGCCGCCUCCUAGAUGUGGGCACACAGCUACCAUGGUUGAAAAACGUUUGCUCAUCUUUGGAGGCAGAGGGGGUAGCGGACCUAUAAUGGGCGAUCUUUGGGCUUUGAAAGGCCUGUUUGAAGAAGAUAAUGAGACACCAGGAUGGACUCUCUUGAAGCUUCCAGGACAAGCUCCAUCUCCUCGCUGUGGCCAUACAGUGACUUCGGGGGGACACUAUCUUUUAUUGUUUGGUGGGCAUGGAACUGGAGGUUGGCUGAGCCGGUAUGACAUCUACCACAAUGAUUGCAUUGUUUUGGAUAGAGUCUCUGUUCAGUGGAAACGCUUGCCUACAAGCAAUGAAUCUCCUCCACCUCGUGCAUAUCAUUCCAUGACUUGCAUUGGUGCACGCUACCUUCUAUUUGGAGGAUUUGAUGGGAAAUCCACAUUUGGUGAUUUAUGGUGGCUUGUACCAGAGGAUGACCCGAUAGCAAAGCGGUCAAUUCCUCAACAUAUUCUUCCUGAAAGCAAACCUGUCACAGUUUCAGUCUCCCAGUCUAGCUUACAGGACAGUCAACUAGAACAGUCUCCAAUUUUAGAGCUGCAGAAAAGAUUAGGAGUUUCAAUAUCUUCUCCUAAAGCUCAUAUUGAUCUUAGUGAUGAUAUAGAUGAUAAAGAACUCCUUGAAUUAUCAUCAAGAUUGACUGGAGAAUCACUACCUACGAGGGAUCAAGUUGCCUGCAUUCAGAGACUGCGUGAGCACUGGAAAAACUCGUCAGCAACUUCAGUACAGCUUCGUGAGCUUGGACCACUACUUCGAGACUAUCAGCGUCUCAUAGUUAACUAUCAUGUAAAGAAUAUUGCUUCCAGUUCACCCUCUACCGCACAAAAUCUUGGACAAAGCGUUCACCGGUUUUUUCAUUUGAAAAGGGCUUCACAGUUGCGCAUGGAUGACAUCCCAGAGCUGCUGAAGGAGUACCAGCAGCUCGUCUCAAGCUCAACCUGAAGAAGAUCAUACAGGGUUAUCGAUAUAAAAUUCUGCUGUUGUCACACCAAAAUAUGAUGCUUUGUGUCCUUUUAAAGACGUUUUAAGAAAAAAUUAAUGUAAUGUUUCUCUGCAAUGAGUCAGCUAGUUCACAUCUCAUUUCUGUAUAGCAUUAGAUUUGAGGGUCGGGAGGCAAAUAAAGAUGUAGGAACUAAUUUGUUACUC